CGCGCGCGCCGCUGUCAGUCGUGUUUGGUUAUCAGUGGCGCGCGCGUGUCGGAGUGCGUACCGUGGACGUUUUGAUAUGAGCCCGCUCACUCGAGUGUGCGGCUUGUGUAACCUUGUGUUUGCCUACAUCACACCAUGACACAAGAAGAGUGUUGCACCCGGCUCGACUACGAGCUCCAAUCAUCUUCCGGAAAUGUUUCCGACGAAGAUGGAGUUAUCAUCAGAAAGGACAGGUCGAGUGUUAAGGAUAUGAUUCUUCGGUUUGAAAGGAGCAACUUAAACAAUUUCGGUGGAUCUCGAGAGUCGAUAGAUAAGUGCAAAUCACCUUUGGGAAGUUUAACAAAUGUGGCUAAUCCUAUACAAACCCAUUUCCCGCACUUGUAUCCAGUGGCGAAGUCUCAAGAUAGAAAUUCGAAUAUAUCUGUGAAUUCAAUUUUAUCUAAUACUUCAGAACGUAGUUACGAAUCUAGCUCUUCAGGUUUUAUUUCGGACCGGAAACCAGGAGAUGUAAUUGUACCGCAUAGACCUGCACCACCGCCACCACCACCACCGGACCAAUUUAAGGAUGACCCUACACCGGACGGACCGGAAACGGAAGAAAGGGAGUCACCUGUUCCAGAAGAAACUAAUUUUGUAGAAAGGCGGUAUUCCUUUGCCACACCAAAUUCAUCGCCUGUGGUUACGAGACGAUCUCGACAACCACCUGUUAUGAGGAAAAAAUCUAAUGCAAGUCAAGGACAUCCUGGGGAGACGCAUUGGUCUUACGGCGUUAAACAGAGUGAUCUAGAAAAAUUGUUAAGACUUAAGCGAUCAGACCCAUCAGACAACGAGGAAGAGUUGCCAAGUCAAGAGGACAAUGAUGAAUCCACAGACGAUAGUUCGGACAGUAGUAGUGAUUCCAGUGACAAUUUGAGUAAUGGCAAGGAGUAUGUAGUGAACAUAGAUGACGGUGCAGCGGAGACGCUGUCUACCGAUCAUUCUACAGACACUUUGAUAAACGAAGAAAAUAGUGAUGAAAUCAGUGAACGAGGAGACGACGCGUCAGUCUCCUCUGGUGACUUUGGUGAUCGUGCUAAUUAUGACAAUGUUAGUAUUAAGUCGAUAUCGUCCUUCGAUAUGGUUCCGUACCAGAAGUACGACAGUAUUACUGUAUCUUCAGACGAGUUCGGCUCUGAGGUAUGCCAUGCGCCGGACUCGGAGUUCCUUACUGUGAGUGCAGUGAACGAAUGGUGUAUUUCCAAGUCUACGGAACCGGUAUUGAUGCCGGUGGAAUCGAAAAAGGAGAAAUAUCGCAGACGACUCACAGAACGAGUGAACGAGCUGGUUCAUACGGAGAAUGUCUACGUGGAAAGGUUGAGACACGUGGUAGAAGACUAUAUGCCCAACAUGAGAAGAUCAGACAUAUCCCCCUACUUCCGAGCGUUGGAGGCAGACAUCUUCGGCAAUAUUGAGAAGAUCUUCAGGUUUCAUUCUGAAGAGUUCCUCCCUGCUUUACGAGACUGUGAAAAUGAUCUUCGGAAGCUGGGACAGUGUUUUAGGCAUUACGAAAAGAGAUUCAAUAUGUACGUAAUGUACUCUAGGAAUAAUAAGAGAGCGACGAGACUGGUAUUCGAACACAAACAGUUUUUCCAGGGAAUACAAUUAGAAUUAGGUGAUCGAUUAGAUCUGUCCAGUUACCUACUUGAGCCUGUGCAAAGGUUACCCAGGUACAAAUUGUUCUUGGCCGAUUUAGUAAAAACUUACUCAAAUUAUGAAAAUGAGAGGAGUGAAACCGAGUCGAGGAUAUCGAAGCUGAGUGUGGACAGCGACGAGACUGGCGGCAGCAACGGAGAGUCUUCUGACAACGAUGAGACUCCUCUGGAAAGUCUGAAGCUCGCGAAGACCACAGUUGAAUGUGUUUUAACGGCCGUCGACGAGAUUAUGGCACUGGAAAAUAUUACGGAUUGUCCGUUAUAUUUGAACCUGCUGCACCAGGGCCGCUUGCUCCGACAGAACGAGUUCUACGUGAUGGACACUGCGCGCCGCCGCCGACAACUAAUGAGGGUAUUCCUCUUCGACAAGCUCGUACUCAUCACUGUAGUGUAUAGAAAGCAACCGAGGGUUGAGUACUUCAUAUACAAGGAUGACAUACCGGUGGAUGACCUGGGGAUAACGGCAAAGGAGCAUGAUCAGCAUAAGUUCACGAUCUGGUACAAGAAGAGGAACCUCAAGUCCUACAAGUUGGAGACCAGUGAUCCGGCGAUACGGAACGCAUGGGUCGAGGGCAUCACGUCACUGCUGUGGGAGCAAGCUAUGCAGAAGAAAGAACUACUCCUGCAGCAGCGUAAUAAGCGGAUAUCAAUGGUGUCCAUGAACAGCGAGGAGUCAGCAGAAUCAGAGAGAAACGAUGACAAAUAUAAUUCUCUGCGAGGAGUGCCAGGAGAGGUCAAGAGAUUAAUCGCAGAUAAGAAAGUAAGAAGAACUACUUGGUACUGUGAAUGAGUGCCACAUAUUAAAACAAACUUGAUUUUCUUGACUUUCCUGCAGAGGAAAUAGGACUAAGUUCCCAAUUUCACACGACAGGGGAAUGUGUGUGUUUAAAUGUGGCAACGUUGCUCAAAAAUAAACGAACAAAUUUUGAUGAAGUUAUUUUAAAAUAUAUCAGAAUUUUAAAGAAGAUUGUCAUUAUAUUGAUUUCUGAUCGACUGAUAACGAUACCAUUGAAUCCUUGUAUUCGGGAUUGUAAAUGAAAUAAUCACAAUAAAGAUAUUUUUAAUGUAACUAAACCCCCUUUUGUACUAUACUAUUUUAGGUGUAGUUGAUAGUUUUAGUGGAAAAAUAACAAAGAAAAAUAAAUAAAAACUCUUUGUUUAGUUUUCAAAACGAAUUCAAUUUUGAAAGUUGUAGAAAGAAUUGAACAGUACAGAGUAACAAUAACAAAUAUUAGAAUAGCGCUGUGGAUACAUCCAAAGAAAGAUUUUAUGGAAAUAUAAUAAAUAAAUUCUGUUAAAUUGUUACUUUAGAUUUAUUGGGAAUAACAGACGGAGUAGAACUGUUGCAGGAUAUAAAUAAAGAAGAGCCAAAGCAUCGCAAUAGAAAUUUUACGAUAUAUGAGAAAUGUGAUAAAACGUUAUUCGAAAAUGUAUUAUACUUUAUGUUAUUAUGGUAAUUUCAGUCAUUAUUUUAUGGGACGUAUAUUGUUAGAGUGUUAUUUAGUUGUUACGUCACUAUUUUCUUUGUAAAUAAAUAUUAUUGUUACAAUAAAAUAAAUAAACAUUAUAUCGUCCGAUGUAAAUUAAUCAUGUAAAAAUG